CUGGCGUCAGUUCGAGUGGGGGGAGCCCCUCUCGCUCUGAGCUGGCGAGCGACACGGGGCGAGGAGGAGGAGGAAGGAGAAGAGGAGGAGGGGGGAGAAGACGAAGCGUGACGCGCGUGAGCCGGACGAGCGCGCGGUUGCGUGCGGCGUUCACGCCAAACAUCGACGUCGGCGCCAUACAGAAUUGACCGUCACCGUCACUGACAAGGGAGAGGGGCAGGGAGGGAGAGGGGCAGGCAGGGAGGGAGGGAAAAGCAGGACACGCCGAACACUGCUGCUGCUGCUACAGUACCACCACCAACCACUACCGCCACUACCAGCCACACUUUAGCUGCCCCCGGGCCUUCAGCAUCCAGCUGGCCCUCUGGUCUCCUGCAGAGGUGAAAAUGAGAUUUCCCAAAAUCAGCAACAGCUAAAUCUUUCACGGGAGAGCAGAUAUCUCAAGGACGUGCAUGGCAAAAAAGAUUAUUUCCUCGUCACCACCUCUUUAAUUCGUUGUUGCUGUCGUCACCACUGGCAACACAUUUAUUUAUUUUAUAAAACUCCCACGACACCUGGGCUCCGGCAUUGCAUGGUGGCGGUGGCGAUGGCGACGGUGCGGCGAGCGCGCGCCCGGGACCUGAACCCGUUCGUGACGUGCUCCCUGUGCCGGGGAUACCUCAUCAAGCCGACGGCCGUCACCGAGUGUCUGCACACCUUCUGCAAGAGCUGCAUUGUGCAGCACUUUGAAGAGAGCAACGAAUGUCCCAAGUGUGGCAUCCAGGUGCACGAGACCAACCCUCUGGAAAUGUUGAGGCAGGACAAGACUUUGGAGGAAAUAAUCUUCAAACUUAUCCCUGGCCUGAGAGAGUGUGAAGAAAAGAGAGAACGUGACUUUUGGAAUGCGCAGAGAAAUCAAGAAUACCGGAACGAUGAAGAGAACAGGCCCAAGAGGCUGAAGCUGGAGGACGACGGUCCGUGUGGAAACGGAGACUUCCACCGGAGCGACCCGCAGAUCGCCAUCUUCCUCGACUGCCUGCGCAGCAAUGGGCAAGGGGGCGACACUGCUGUCGAGAGCCUGAUGAAGCGCUUCAUAAAAUGCUCCAAGCGGGUGACUGUUGGGACCAUAAAAAAGUUCCUGAGUUUCAAACUGAAACUUCCCAGCAAUUACGAGCUGGACGUCCUGUGCAACGGAGAGAUCAUGGGCAAAGACCACACUAUGGAGUUCAUCUACAGAACCCGGUGGAGAAUUAAAGAAGGCGACUCCUUCCCGAUGAUCUUGCAGUAUCGCCCAAAAGUAGACUUCAGCUACAUGUGAACAGUUUGUAACAGAAGUAUACCUUUUUGCACUAAGAAUUGAAUGUACGGGAUUCCAAAAGCUAGAGUGGUCAGUAAAAAAAAAAAACCUGAAUGAUGUUAUAUAUUUGCUAUUCUA